CGAUCCGGUGCCCGAGCGUCUACCACGCCACCACGGCACGCCCAGAGCCUGUUGGACUGCGUGGAGCAAAGGACUGGACCCCUGCUCGCAGACGUCCAGCGAUUUUGCCGUCCGGUGCCGUACAGACCAGGUUAGCCUGUGGGCUCUCAGGCAGCCUCCCGCACAUAUCAAAACCAUGCUAAGAGAAGUCGUCAACGCCGUCGUCCUCACGUUCGUGGUCAGCGAGUGGCUCUCGGAGAAGCCGGGCCGGCGCCUCGUGCUGUUCGCGCGGCGAGACGCGUCGACGAAGGCGCUCUGUGCUGCGUUGGGCUGUGCCUUACUCAUAGUGAACUUCGUGGGCGACCACGUGCCGGCGCUGGGCGGCCUCCUCGCGUCCAAUGCAGUCGUGGCCAUCGUGGAGGGCGCCGUCCUCGCGGCGGGGGCCUACGGCACGGCCAAAAUCACAAGGCGGCCGUGUCUUUGCGGCGUACCGACGCUUACGAAGGGCGACGUGGACAAAAGCGCGUUCCUGCGAGCGUUCGCCGUUUGUACGAUACUGUGCUACGUCCAGGGCGGCAUGGCGUUCGCGCACGUGUACGUGCCGCGCGCCGUCGUCGCCGCGGCCGCGUUCGUCGCGGUCCUUUAUGUGGAUGUCCGGAGGACGGUCGACGUCGAGGUCAAAACGUUUGGCAAGGAGUUGGGGAAGGCCUGUGCCUACGUCGCGCCCAUGUAUCCUUUACUAGCCAUCCUGUGUUCGCUCAUCUUCGUGCCGGUCAUGUCGCUGUUCGAAAAGGCCGGCUGGAAUUUGAGGCGCCUAGACGCGCCAAUCUUCUACACCGUGUUCUACGGGCCGUUCUCGGCGGUCUACGUGUUUGCGAAGCGCGCGCUGCUCGACCAGCGCUACGGGUUGCCGGUGAGCGCGUCGCGGCGGGCGGGGGCCGCGGCGGUGGCGCGGGAGAUGUCUUAAUUUUUGUUGUCG